CCCUGGCACCUUACAUAAAGGGGGUUAUCAUUGCCUGACCCUUCCCCAUUGCUCUUGGAUAAUGGUGGAAAUGAAGGGGUGGGUCUUUCGUGCAUCACCUGAGUUCUGGGGUAAAUGUAGAGAGUGUCAAUCACAAGCCGAGCUCAGAGCUGGGAAGGAGCUACAGAUGGCGGCUGUGCCUUAGAGAGCGCACUCAGCCCGCUGCCGUCUCCUGCGCUUCAAUCAACUUUCUUCAACUUUGUUUCGCCCCCUGGGGGACCCCCACCCUUCCUCCUGUCCCCAUGAGUCUCGGGGGGCUCCGGAGCCCUGGAUUUUGAGCCGUUUUAAGCCGUUUUUUGGUGUCCGGUCUCCGGCGGACAGAAGGAGCCGAGGAGUCUGCUCGUUGUUUUCCCAGCUCAUGGCGCACCUCCAUUUUUGUGCGCUCUGAGCAGCCCUUCCUCCCGUCCUCCCUACCAAGACACCUCUACCCCCCAGACCCCUGCCCCCCAAUAUUUACUCUCAUUUCCCCGGAAUCUAUCAUUUUUAGCCAAAUUCUAUACAUUUUUAUGGUUUUUUCCCCGUUUGUUUAAAUACAAGGAUUCCCAUCCGGACCCGGUACAUGGGCUGACCAGCAAAUACCUGGGCAUAGUACUUGAAAGGCCAGUCUGCCACCUGCCUCCGGUACUACGGGCAUCCAAGAUGAUGAGGAAUAAGGAGAAACCCUUGGAGGACGAGGACGGCUCAGCCCAUAGCAAUGCAUCGAGCCGGUCUGCCUCGGAGCAGUUCAAUCACUCUGCCUCUGGUUCCGACUCUGGCAGCCAAUCAGAAAGCGAGCACGGCAGUGAAUCCAACAGCACCUCUGGAUCUUCGGCAAGCCAGUCAGAAUCAGAUUAUGAAUCAACAGGAUCCAAAACACAAGAAGCACAAUCUGAAACCAAAGGAAAAACUCUGCCCAGAAAAGAGAGACUGGCCGACGUGAAAAAGAUGUGGGAAGAAUAUCCUGAUGUUUAUGGGGUUAGGCGGUCAAACCGAAGCAGACAAGAACCAUGUCGAUUUAAUAUUAAAGUUGAGAGUAGCGAGUCUGAAAGCGGAAGCCCAAAAAGACGACCCCGGAGAACAACAAGGAAACCAGAAAAGAAAAAGGAUUCUGAUGAAGAUGAGGAGGAGGAGGCCAGCAGUGCAGAAAGCGACACUGAACAAACUAAAGUCAGAUCCCGACGUCUGCAGCCCAAACGAACAGCAUCCAAGGCUGCAGGACGAAAACAGAUGCCUCAACGGGGAAAGAAGAGAAAACAAGACUCUUCAGAGGAUGAUGACGACGACGAUGAUGAUGACGACGAUGAUGAAACCCCUAAAAGGCAAACUAGGCGUCGAGCGGCUAAGAAUGUCAGCUACAAAGAGGACGAUGACUUUGAGACUGAUUCAGAUGACUUGAUUGAAAUGGCAGCAGAGGAAGCAGAAGAACCAGAAGACAAUAGUGAAACUAUAGAGAAAGUAUUAGACUCCAGAAUUGGAAAGAAAGGAGCUACUGGCGCCUCAACAACUGUGUAUGCAGUAGAAGAUAAUGGGGACCCCAAUGCAGAUUUUAAUCCUGAAACUGAUGAAGGGGAGCAACAGUAUCUCAUCAAAUGGAAAGGAUGGUCUUACAUACACAGCACCUGGGAGAGUGAAGAGUCUUUACAGCAGCAGAAAGUGAAAGGCUUCAAAAAGUUUGAGAACUUCAAAAAGAAGGAUGAUGAAAUCAAACAAUGGUUAUCAAAAAUUUCACCUGAAGACCUAGAGUAUUAUAACUGUCAGCAGGAACUGGCAUCGGAACUGAACAAGCAGUAUCAGAUAGUCGAGAGGGUCAUAGCGAUGAAGGCUAGCAGGUCUGCUUCUGGGCAAUCUGACUUCCCAGCCCAAGUCAAGAAAGUCUCCUCUUCCAACGAGCCUGAAUACCUGUGCAAGUGGAUGGGUCUCCCGUAUGCAGAUUGCAGCUGGGAAGACGGAGCUCUGAUCAACAAGAAGUUCCAGCACUGUAUUGACAGCUUUAAUGCCCGAAAUAACUCCAAAACCACUCCUGUAAAAGACUACAAGGUUCUAAGACAGAGACCCAGGUUUGUCACCUUAAAGAAACAGCCUGCUUACAUUGGGAAUGAGAUUCUGGAGCUACGAGACUAUCAGCUGGAGGGUCUGAACUGGCUAGCUCACUCAUGGUGCAAGAAUAACAGUGUAAUACUGGCAGAUGAGAUGGGCCUCGGAAAAACUAUACAGACCAUUUCCUUCCUCUCGUAUCUGUUCCACCAGCACCUUCUUUAUGGUCCUUUUCUGUUAGUGGUGCCUUUGUCUACUCUGACAUCUUGGCAGAGAGAAUUUGAGAUAUGGGCACCCGAUAUUAAUGUGGUGGUUUACAUCGGAGACAUGGGGAGCAGGAAUACGAUACGAGAAUAUGAGUGGGUUCAUCAGCAGAGCAAAAAGAUGAAAUUUAACGCCGUUCUUACAACCUAUGAGAUUUUGCUUAAGGACAAAACUGUUUUGAGCAGUAUCAACUGGGCUUUCCUUGGGGUGGAUGAAGCACAUAGAUUGAAAAAUGAUGAUUCCUUGCUCUACAAAACACUCAUAGACUUCAAGUCCAACCACAGACUUCUGAUUACUGGGACUCCUCUACAGAACUCUCUGAAGGAGCUAUGGUCACUCCUGCACUUUAUUAUGCCAGAAAAAUUUGAGUAUUGGGAAGACUUUGAAGACGACCAUGGCAAAGGAAGAGAAAAUGGCUACCAAAGCCUUCACAAAGUCUUAGAACCUUUCCUUCUGCGACGAGUCAAGAAAGAUGUUGAGAAGUCUCUUCCAGCCAAAGUCGAGCAGAUCCUUCGUGUAGAGAUGUGUGCUCUGCAGAAGCAGUAUUACAAAUGGAUUUUAACAAGGAACUACAAGGCGUUGUCCAAGGGAACACGAGGUAGCACAUCUGGCUUUCUUAACAUUGUCAUGGAACUGAAAAAGUGCUGCAACCACUGUUUUCUCAUCAAAUAUCCAGAAGAUACAGAGAAGGAGACCAGACAGGAAGGACUGCAGUCAUUGAUUAGGAGCAGUGGGAAACUAAUUCUGCUGGACAAGUUGCUGACCCGGUUACGUGAGCGAGGAAACAGAGUGCUCAUCUUCUCUCAGAUGGUGCGCAUGUUGGACAUCUUGGCUGAGUACCUGGCCAUCAAACACUACCCUUUCCAGAGAUUGGAUGGCUCAAUAAAAGGGGAACUUCGAAAGCAAGCAUUAGACCAUUUCAAUGCUGAAGGUUCGGAGGAUUUCUGUUUCUUGCUCUCCACACGCGCUGGUGGUCUGGGAAUUAACUUGGCAUCUGCCGACACCGUCGUCAUCUUCGAUUCAGAUUGGAAUCCGCAGAAUGACUUGCAGGCACAAGCAAGAGCUCAUCGAAUUGGCCAGAAGAAACAGGUGAACAUUUAUCGCCUCGUCACGAAGAACACUGUGGAAGAGGAAAUCAUAGAGCGUGCUAAAAAGAAAAUGGUUCUUGAUCAUCUUGUAAUCCAGCGCAUGGACACCACUGGCAGGACUGUGUUAGACAACAGUUCUGGAAGUUCAAACUCCAAUCCGUUUAACAAAGAAGAGCUUGCUGCUAUUCUGAAGUUUGGGGCUGUAGAUCUUUUCAAGGAACCUGAAGGAGAGGAAUCAGAGCCUCAGGAAAUGGACAUUGAUGAGAUUUUACGCCUGGCUGAAACAAGGGAGAACGAGCCAAGUUCCAGUGCUACUGAUGAGCUUUUAUCUCAGUUUAAGGUGGCCAACUUUUCAACCAUGGAAGAUGUAGAGCCGGAGCUGGAGGGUCAUUCUCAGAAAGAUUGGGAUGACAUUAUUCCAGAAGAUCAGAGGAAGAAAAUUGAGGACGAGGUUCGACAAAAAGAGCUGCAGGAGAUUUACAUGCUUCCUAGGAUUAGAAAUAGAAAGACACAAGCAAAUGACAGCGAGUCUGAUUUGGAGUCCAAGCAGAAGGCUCAGCGCUCGUCUGGGUCAGAGAGUGAAACUGAUGAUUCCGACGAUGAGAAAAAACCUAAGCGCCGGGGACGUCCCCGCAGUGUGAGGAAGGACAAUGUAGAGGGGUUUACGGAUGCAGAAAUAAGAAGGUUUAUCAAAGCAUACAAGAAGUUUGCUGCACCUCUUGAAAGAUUGGAGUGCAUAGCUCGGGAUGCAGAACUUGUGGAAAAAUCUGUAGCUGAUCUCAAGAGACUGGGUGACCUUCUGCACAGCAGUUGUGCUUCUGCCAUGCAGGAAUACGAGGAACAGCAAAAGGAAAAUCCCAUCGAGGGAAAAGGUCCUGGCAAGAGGAGGGGCCCUACCAUCAAAAUCUCUGGUGUCCAGGUGAACGUAAAAGCCAUUGUCCAGCAUGAGGAAGACUUUGAAAUUCUCAGGAGAGCCAUCCCAACAAAUGAAAAAUUCCGAUUGGCCAGUCGGGUUAAAGCUGCCCAUUUUGAUGUCGACUGGGAAAUUGAAGAUGAUUCAAAUUUACUACUGGGAAUUUGUGCACAUGGUUAUGGGAAUUGGGAUCAAAUUAAAAGUGACCCUGAACUUAAAUUAACUGACAAGAUAUUGCUUGCAGAAUCUGAGAAGAAGCCUCAAGCCAAGCAUUUACAAUCCAGGGCAGACUACUUGAUGAAACUGCUGAAGAAGGAAAUGGAGCAGAAAGAUGGUCAGGGAGAUGCGACUAAGUUAAAGAGAAGAAAGCCACGUGCAAAAAAAGAUAGUACAGGCAAGCUGAAAGAUGAGCAUGGCAAUGAUCUCUCUUCUCCCAAACACUCUGACAACCCAUCGGAAGAGGGAGAAGUGAAGGAGGAUGGUGCAGAGAAGAGUCCUAGCAAGAAGAGGCAGAAGAAAAAAGACAACAAGGAAAAUAAAGAUAAGCAAAACCAAAAGAAGGAUGGAACCAAAGACAAAAGGAGGACUAAGAAUAAAGACAAGCCCAAAAGAGGGGAUGCCAAGGGUGGCCCUAAAAGCAGGAAGAACCAGGGUCCUGUCCAUAUUACAGCUGGCAGUGAUCCGGUGCCCAUUGGAGAUGAUGAGGAAGAUGACCUGGACCAGGAAACAUUCAGUAUUUGCAAGGAAAGAAUGAGACCAGUGAAAAAAGCUCUGAAACAGCUGGAUAAACCUGACAAGGGUCUCAGUAUUCAGGAUCAGUUGGAGCACACGCGUACCUGCCUACUAAAAAUUGGAGACCGCAUUUCUGAGUGCCUUAAAUCCUACACUGACCAGGAGCAUGUGAAGAUAUGGAGGAGAAAUCUCUGGAUUUUUGUAUCAAAAUUUACAGAAUUUGAUGCCAGAAAGCUGCAUAAACUUUACAAGAUGGCACAUAAGAAGCGAUCGCAGGAAGAGGAGGAGAAGAAGAAGGAUAUGACCAUCAAGAAGUCUUUUAGACCAGAGCCAUCUGGAUCUAGCAGGGACUCUUUUGCAUCACAAACUGCUGGUCAUGGGCAACACAUUCAGCAGAAAUCUCACAUUAUCCCACAACAUCCACAGCAAAUGCAUGGACACCAGAGAGAAAACUACAUUAGUCCAAAUAAAAGACCCUUCAACAACGCUGAUCGAGGUGAGUGGAGAGAUCGGAAGUUCAGCUAUGGAAGCGGCGGCAGCAACAACAACAACAACAGCAGCAGUAGCAGCAGCAACCAGCCUUGGGGAGGAGACCGCCACCACCAAUAUGACCAGCACAGAUAUAAGGAUCAUCACUAUUCCGAUCGGAGACCUCAUGGAGAUCCCAGACGGAACUCUGCAAACUACAGGCCAAACAAUUUAUCCCGCAAGAGGCCGUAUGACCAGUACAACAAUGAUCGGGAUCACAGAGGACACAGAGAAUAUUAUGACAGGCAUCACCAUGAUAAUAAAAGGAGGAGAUCUGAUGAGUUCCGACCUCAAGGCUAUCACCAACAGGACUUCAGAAGAAUGGGUUCAGAUCACCGACCACCUAUGGGAUACCAUGGUCAAGGUCCUUCUGAUCACUACCGGUCAUUCCAUCAAGAAAAGUCUGGGGAGUAUAAGAGUACAUCCCAGCAAUCGUCUUCACUUUCAGAUCCUCGGUCUCCCCCAAUUCAAAAAUCCCCACACGAAUCCAAAUCUCCACUGGACAGGUCUUUAGAGCAGAAAAGCACUGACUACAACUGGAAUGCUCGUAAAACAUAAAAACAUGGAAGGGCAUGAUGGGCUGACUUAAUAGAUUUUUAGUACUAAUGAAACUUCACAGUUGGUCACUUGUUGCAACUGGGACUUUGCUGCUAAAAACUUGUUUCUCAAUUCUUAAGGGAGUUAUGGUUUUGGAAAACCGUUCUGAUGCAUAUAGCUGCUUUUUUGGGAACAUUUCCAACACCUGUGCCAAGAUCAUCGAUUUGACCUGAACAUUUUUACCACUCAAAGAAUUCUUUAGCAUUUUUAUAAUAUUUCAAAAUGAGCCAAUAAUAGAUUCCCCUCUCACCACAAUUCAUUUCAUAUGGGGUUGGAAUCUACAACUCUAAAUAAAGUGAAAAUGCAACUUGAAGGAUUAAAGUGGGGGUCUUAUUUUGACAUUUCAUGGCUUUGCAGGUUAACAGUUCUUCUGCUAUUAGUAUGACUCAGAAGCACUCAGCAUUUAGUGUGCUUACUCCACGUUUUUGAUGCAAUGUCUGUCCAUGAAGCAGAGCUUUCUCUUCCAGACUUGUGUGUUAAUGCACUAGGGGCAUAAGAACCUGCUAAUAGAAGGUUUAUACAGCUGAUGACGUUUCAUAGGAAGUCAAAGGCAGCAAUGCAGAGCUUGGGAAAUUGAUACAAUGGAGAGUACCUUAUAUGACAUUUCUGAAUGUUCCUUUCCUCUGUCAUUUCUGGCUGUCAUUGGACCUCAGCACAAUGUAAAACAAUAUGUUUGAAGGCUGUAAAUAUUUGAACCCCUUUUGCAUUUCAUUGUACAUAUGGAAAAAUGUUUGAGGUAACAAAAUGCUUGAGGGCAUAUUUUCUAUAUCCCAUCUGUGGGCCAUUGAUACGUGGCCAAUGUUCCUUGUCCUUCCAUUACCAUUAUAUCUUGUUUUUUCCCCAAAACAAUUUACCACACUGCAUUUAAGGGUGCAAUAUACAUUGUCACAUACCAGAGACCGGUAUUUAUUAUAGUUGAGCAAGUGUUGCUUUAGUGGGUAAAAAACUGUAUGGUAUUGAGUUUGCCCUGCAGAUUCUGAGUUUUAAUAAUUUCGGAAUGACGUGUCCCUGACACUGGAAAGUCCAGGUGGCACCUUCCACUCCCUGCUUACUUAGAGCCCUCCGAGAUGAAUUAGAGGAGCACUCCAUCCCUAUUUUCAAGCUACGUGCAUAUUGGACUCUGGUGCAUUUUACUGCAUGCAAAAGGAGUCCGUUCACUAUGAAAUCCAAUAUGCAUAAAUAAAAAUGCAUUUUUGGGACUUGACCCACCAUUGUUCCCAGGAAUUAGUAUGUAGAAAGGAACGAUGGUACAAUUUUAUUUAGAGAGUGAUGUUAUUUAUACAUGACUGAGCACAGGCUACUUAUUAUUUUAUUUGAGAAGCCAUUUAUACUUUAAAAGAAAACCCAAAAGAAAUAAA